GCAGCUUCGAGGUCUAGAUCCCGAUUCCCAUGAGACGAUCCUCCUGGAGUAACUUGAGUCCAUAGACCAAGAUCUGGAUUUUGUUUUUUUUUUCUUUGUCUAUGAGAUGAAUGCCAGGUUGCCUAGGGCCAGGUGCGACUUACUUCAUUUUUGAUUUCUUCGUGGUCGAUUUUUUUACUUCAUUUUUGACUUCCGUGGUGUGGGUGCGGUCAUGAGCUUGAGGGCAGCUAGUUCCUAGCCUCCUUACAUCAAUUUAAAUAUCUAUCACCGCGACUGCACAGCAGAGUAAGACUUUUUCUUUUCUUUGCUUAAUCGAGACGGAAGUUUGCAAAAUAGAUGUCGUCUUCAUCGUCGUCCUCCACACUUGUGGACUUGCUUCUCACCGUACCCUUGACCAAUGGGUCGCGGGUGGAUGUGGACGGCAUGAACAAGUUCAUAAAGCACGCGAUCAUUCGCGAAAAGUCGUUGAAAAUAGUGCAGUAUUCGACGCGGAUCAUCGGUUUUUACGCCCGGCAGCGAAAGCUGACAGCUGUGGAUAAACAUUUCACCGGGAUAUCGAAGCAGCUUUCUCUUGCGCGGCGGUGCUUCAAGUUUCUACGCUGGUUCAAGCACUUUCUGGACUACAGGGACGCCGUCAUGAUGCCCGCCCCGGUGAGAAAUUUUUUUGGCUGCUGUGCUGUCGUAAGGUGGAAAUAGCAACAGAUAAUAUCGCCUGUCCUCUUCUUGAUCCUAGUGAUAGACGUAGAUCAUGACCAUGCGGUGCGAGGAGAGCGACCAAAACUAAUCUUGUAUUUCGCAUCUGUAGUCGUUGCACGUGGGACCUGGUGUAGAAGUUCAUGAAGUCCUCGUACAAAGAAAAUCGAAAUUAACUAUACACAGGUGAAGCACCUCUUCCUGGCCGAAUUUUGGCUAAAUCUUGUUGCUGAUCUGGCAGAGGACCUGACAAGCUUGCAAAAGCUGAAAAUCAUUCCUGCGCACUGGUUGCCAGACGCAACAGAGCUGUAUGCAAACUACUGCCAGCUGCCCCUGGCUUUUGUGGAAGUCGCGGUACACUAAACAGAUUUCCAGAUUUUUUUCACCAUGGUUGUGUAUGCGCUCCAACGAACUUCCACGGCGUUGAUUUUAUUUGCAGAUGAGUCAGAAGAUAUGUUUACACAUUCGAGGGGUAAUGCUUAUAGUGGAUACCCAAUGACAUCAUCAUAUUAAUUGACAGGUGAGCGUGCUGAAGCGACAAAUGGUUGACAGCAGCAUUAACCCGCUUAAAGCGACCAUGGCAAAUCUCGAAAUCUUUAAAUACCUGUGCGACAUCGGCAAAGGCGUUUACGAUUGCGAGUUUUCCUUUGCAAGGGAAGACGUCUUUCUCUGGAGUGGUCUAAUUGCAGGAAUUCUGACAACGCACAAAAAUGUCGUCAAAGCCGUGGGGGUGAAAAAACUACCGGCUUUGACGGCAAGUGGAGGCUCGGCGAAAGGCUGACAAUGCAUCUUAAGAGAAGUCACACUUCCUCCAGAAUUCUCUACUUCGAAACUGAAGAAACAAAGACAAAGACACAGUACACACCUCCAGCCCAACGAACAUAAUGAAGGACAUGAAGUUCCUGUUCCGUAGCUCAUUCUUAU